GGAAACAGAGAGAGAGAAAAAAAGAAGGAAAAUUACGCACUUUCCAGGAAAAUCUUUCUGUAGCGAGAAAAUAAUGGAAAAGAUAGAAAUUCCCCAAUUCCCCCUUUUUUUUUAGCUCAGAGAGGGAGAGAGAAAUAAUCAAAAAUUAAAAAAAAUCUUUGUGAAAAUCAGCGACGACUUUUGGGAUUAUUUUGAUUUUCCAUUUACGAAUUGCGUUAGGGUUUCGUGAUUUUGCACCCUUCCAAACAAUCGUUGAGGUGCUAUUUUGAUCAAAUUUCCUGCAAAGUUUUCUUCUUUUUCGAUUUCUGAGUUUUGGGUCGUUGAAUUGAGAAUCAAUUUGGGUGUUCCUUUGAAGAAGGUUGAGUAAGAAAGAGAGAAGGGGGAAAAUAUGAUGGCUGCUUCUUCUUCUUCAGCUACCGUCGCAGUGGAGAAGGCGACCAGCGACCUUCUUAUGGGCCCUGAUUGGACCAUGAACAUUGAAAUUUGUGAUUCCAUCAAUUCUAAUCAUUGGCAGCCAAAAGAUGUGGUAAAAGCUGUGAAGAAGAGAUUACAACAUAGGAGCUCUAGAGUUCAAUUACUAGCUCUCACGCUUCUGGAGACAAUGGUAAAGAACUGUGGUGAUUAUGUGCACUUUCAAAUUGCUGAGAGGAACAUACUGGAGGAGAUGAUCAAAAUCGUAAGGAAGAAGGCAGAUAUGCAAGUGAGGGAUAAAAUUUUAAUAUUGCUGGACUCAUGGCAAGAGGCAUUUGGGGGACCAGGUGGUAAACAUUCUCACUACUAUUGGGCAUAUGAGGAGUUAAAGCGAUCUGGAGUAGUUUUUCCUAAGCGUUCACCAGAUGCAGCUCCAAUAUUUACUCCUCCUCCUACCCAUCCAAAUUUAAGAAAUAUCCAAGCUGGAUAUGGGAUGCCAAGCAAUUCCUCAAAAACACUUGAUGAAACCAUGGCAACAGAGAUAGAAAGUUUAAGUUUGACAAGCUUGGAGUCCAUGCGACACGUUUUGGACCUUUUGAGUGACAUGUUACAGGCUGUGAAUCCUGGUGAUCGUGCAGCUGUAAAAGAUGAAGUAAUCAUUGAUCUUGUUGAUCGCUGUCGCACAAACCAGAAAAAAUUAAUGCAGAUGCUAACAACUACUGGGGAUGAGGAGCUUCUUGGACAAGGCCUUGAAUUAAAUGAUAGCAUUCAAAGUUUGCUUGCAAGGCAUGAUACAAUUGCUUCUGGUACUCCGUUUCCAAUUCAAGGAGCAAGUUCCAGCAUUGUGUCAACUGAAGUUCCCUCUAGUGUCGACCAAUCCACUGUAAAGAGCUCCAGCCCUGGAGAGUCUUCUUCAACACCUAAAGCUAGCCCUUCAGACAUAGUCUUUUCUGAAACCAGGAGCCAGAGUGAUGAAGAGGAAGAAGAUGAAUUUGCGCAGCUAGCUCGGAGGCAUUCUAAGGCACAAUCAGUGACUUCAAAAGAGGCUACAACUGGAUCCACUGAAACUUCAGGGUCAAUGAACACUAGCAGCACAACUCCACAUGUGCCAAGCCCCUCAACCUCAGUCCCAUCCAAUGCUUUAGUUCUUUCCAACCCACCCGAACCAGUUAGUACCGCAAAGGAUCAGGACAUUAUUGACUUACUGAGUAUUACUUUGUCAAUGUCCCCAUCUCCACAGACAAGUUAUGCACCACCUUCACAGAUAACUUUUGCACCUUCAGCAUCUAGCCAAGGCAUGCAUCAGACACCUGCUUCAUCCCAAACAGAAGGCUUUUCUUAUGCUUCCCAAACAUAUCCGGGAAAUUUGUCGUACAACAGUUAUGUUGUCCCUUGGGCUCAACCUCAGUCGAAUUCAGAAUUUCAAACCCAGCCUCAGCAACAGACUUAUCAAUCCCAAUCCCAACCCCCAACCCCAACCUCACCUCAACAAUUACAUACGCAUUAUGAAUCCGCACAAGCUCCUCAUCAUCAACCAACCCAACAGGUGAGGUCCCAGCCCCAGUCUGAACAAUUGCAAUCCCAACCUCAACAUCAUCAAUAUAACCCUCCACAACAACAAUUACAACCUCAGUAUAGCCCUCCUCAACUACAUUUGCAAUCUCAUAAUGAACCCCAACCACUACAGUAUCAGCCUCAGCCUCAUCCACACUUACUGUCUCAGCCCCCACCCCCACCACACUUGCAUCCUCAGCCCCAACCCCAGCCACAAUAUCAGCCCCAACCCGGACCCAUUCAGCAACCUCAACCGCAGUCACAAUUUCAGAAUCAACAUUUUGAAUACCCUGCAAGAUAUCCUCCCCCACCAUGGGCCGCUACACCUGGAUAUGCCAACUAUCAAAACAACUCACCUGCUACAAAUAUGAUUCCUCAAGCCAACACUGCGGCAUCUUAUUCAUCUGCACCAAGGGUUAGGCCCGUGCAACACAAUAACUCAUUCCCCUCCAGAGGUAGCGGUGGAGCUCCUGCAAGUGCAACUGGACAAAAGCUGUUUGUUCCAUCUUACAGGUUAUUUGAAGAUUUGAAUGUUUUCGGAAACACGGAUGCAAGGGUAAAGAUGACCAACAGUGGCUCAUCAUCCAGCUUGUCAGGGUCAAUGGGACCUGGUAUGGUUGGUGGGCGAAAGUGAAGGCUUUUAUUCAUGUGUAAAAAAGGUGUUGAUAUACUGUAUAAAAUGGGACCAGCAGUAUUGUUAGUUUCUUCUCAUUUGCAGGUUAUGUAAGUUCUUUAGAUUGAUACGAGUGACUCCUUCCUAUUUUAUGAGUAGAUCAUAAAGUCAUUACUCAUUAGUUUGAGUGUUACCUCAAACGACACUUUGAACAUUCUUUGAUGCAAGUUUAGUUUGUGGUAGUGAUUCUCUUUCUGAUGC